CGUCAUACAAUAAUACGGAAGCAGAGCGGUGGACAAAGAAUACCGAACACACGCGGAUAACAUUGACACAAUCCCACCAGAAAAAUCAAUUCCAGUGUGACAAUGGAUGGGUACUCGGUGCAGAAAGUAAUAGGUGAAGGGUCCUUUGGUCGGGCACUACUUGUCCAAUCCAGAAUCAACCAUGAGAACUAUGUCAUGAAAGAGAUCCUACUCCCAAAGACACAAUCCAAGAUGGCGAACACCAGAAGAGAAGCUGUGCUCCUGUCCAGGAUGAAACAUCCCAGCAUAGUGGCCUUCAGGGACUCUUUUGAAGGUGACGGCCACCUCUACAUAGUGAUGGAGUUCUGCGGUGGAGGAGACCUGCUCCAGAGGAUACAACAACAGAGGAACACACUGUUCUCACAGGAAACAAUCAUGAAGUGGUUUGCUCAGAUGUGUUCUGGUACGAUGCACAUCCAUGACAAACGGGUCUUACACAGGGAUCUCAAGUCCAAGAAUAUCUUCCUGACAGACCAUGGGACGGUGAAGCUGGGUGACUUUGGCUCAGCCUGUGUUCUAAACAGUGCGAAGGCCUACGCUCACACGUACGUAGGAACGCCUUACUAUGUGUCUCCAGAGAUCUGGGACAGUAAGCCGUACAACAACAAGAGCGAUGUGUGGUCUCUCGGCUGUGUCCUCUACGAGCUCUGCACCCUGCGACACCCGUUUCAGGCUCCUAGUUGGAAGAGUCUGAUCAUGAAAGUGUGCCGUGGUUCCUACCCUCCUCUUCCCCAACACCUGCCCUAUGAGCUGCACUACCUGGUCAAACAGAUGUUCAAGACCAACCCCAAAGACCGACCGUCCCUCCACACCAUCCUCACGUCUCACCGCAUAGCCGGUCUCCUGCGCCGGCACCUGCCCAACAAGGAGUCGGAGAUGAGAACAGGGAGAUGGAGGAGAGAGGAGGGGGAGAAGGUUGCCUCACUCCUGGGGCAGAAGACCCUCAUCACAGCCUCUACCCUGGAGGGUCUGGAGAUCUGUGUGGCCCCUACUGAGUCCCCUGCUGAGAGCAGCACCAGUAGAGAGCAUCGUGGCCCUCGUAGACAGUGGGCCCCAGGCCCCUCAGACACAGCUCUACAGGUGUUGGCUAACACAGACCUCCUCUCCUCUGGGAGUCUGGCAACCACAGGCCAGACACAUUCAGAGAACAGAGAGCGAAGACGAUGGGACAGGAGUCCACCAGAGAAGCUACUGAGACUGUUAGAGAAAGCCCAGCUCAGCACCGCUUUCAGAACCUACUCCAUACACACAGAAGGUGAAGACCCUCUGGUAGGCCCCCUGUCCCGGGGAGGAAGGGACGACACCGACGGACCGACAGCUGGACAGACAGAGGAUGAAGAACGGCUGCAGCCACGGUCUGAUGACGAGGAUACAGACUUUGAAGAGGACUGUCCCUGUGACUGGAUGGAGGAACUAGAGCAGAUGUCUAUGGACCACUGAUACCUAGCUAGCGGUCUGCCUGCCUAGCUAGCGGUCUGCCUGCCUAGCUAGCGGUCUGCCUGCCUAGCUAGCGGUCUGCCUGCCUAGCUAGCUAGCGGUCUGCCUGCCUAGCUAGCUAGCGGUCUGUCUGCCUAGCUAGCUAGCGGUCUGCCUGCCUAGCUAGCUAGCGGUCUGUCUGCCUAGCUAGCGGUCUGUCUGCCUAGCUAGCUAGCGGUCUGUCUGCCUAGCUAGCUAGCGGUCUGUCUGCCUAGCUAGCUAGCGGUCUGCCUGCCUAGCUAUUUCCACGACAGUAGGCUGCGUCCACUGUCUACAGGAUGUCCGUUACAGUAGGCUAUGUCCACUGUCUACAAGAUGUCCACUACAGUAGGCUAUGUCCACUGUCUACAAGAUGUCCACUACAGUAGGCUAUGUCCACUGUCUACAGGAUGUCCGUUACAGUAGACUACGGUGCCUUGGGAAACUAUUCAGACCCCUUUUACUUAUUCCACAUGUUGUUAUGUUAAAGCUUUGUUCUAAAAUGGAUUAAAUCGCUUUUUCCCCCUCAUCAAUCUAAACACAAUACCCCAUAUUGACAUCACAAUACCCCAUAAUGACAUCACAAUACCCCGUAAUGACAUCACAAUACCCCAUAAUGACAUCACAAUACCCCAUAAUGACAUCACAAUACCCUAUAAUUACAAAGAAAAAACAGUAUUUUAGACAAUUUUUGAUAAUUAUUCAGACCCUUUACUCAGUACUUUGUUGAAGCACCUUUGGCAGUGAUUACAGCCUUGAAUCUUCUUGGGUAUGAUGCUUCAAGCUUGGCACACCUGUAUUUGGGGAGUUUCUCCCAUUUGAUCUCUGCAGAUCCUCUCAAGGUCUGUCAGGUUGGAUGGGGAUCAUUGUUACACAACUAUUUUCAGGUCUCCAGAGAUGUUCGAUCGGGUUCAAGUCUGGGCUCUGGCUGGGCCACUCAAGGACAUUCAGAGACUUUUCCCGAAGCCACUCCUGCAAUGUCCUGGCUGUGUGCUUAGGGUCGUUGUCCUGUUGGAAGGUGAACCAUCAUCCCAGUCUGAGGUCCUGAGCUCUCUGGAGCAGGUUUUCAUCAAGGAUCUCUCUGUACUUUUCUCUGUUCAUCUUUGCCUCGAUCCUGACUAUUCUCCCAGUCCCUGCCGCUGAAAAACAUCCCCACAGCAUGAUGCUGCCACCACCAUGCUUCACCGUAGGGAUGGUGCCAGGUUUCCUCCAGAUGUGCCACUUGGCAUUCAGGCCGACGAGUUCAAUAUUGGUUUUAUCAGACCAGAGAAUCUUGUUGAAUCUUGAUUCUUUAGGUGCCUUUUGGCAAACUCCAAGCAGGCUCUCAUGUGCCUUUUACUGAGGAGUGGCUUCCGUCUGGCCACUCUACCAUAAAGGCCUGAUUGGUGGAGUGCUGCAGAGAUGGUUGUCCUUCUGGAAGGUUCUCCCAUCUCCACAGAGGAACUCUGGAGCUUUGUCAGGGUGACCAUCAGGUUCUUGGUCACCUCCCUGACCAAGGCCCUUCCCCGCCAAUUGCUCAGUUUGGCCCGGAAGCCAGCUCUAGAAAGAGUCUUGGUGGUUCCAAACUUCUUCCAUUUAAGAAUGAUGGAGGCCACUGUGUUCUUGGGGACCUUCAAUGCUGCAGACAUGUUUUGGUUCCCUUCCCCAUAUCUGUGCCUCGACACAAUCCUGUCUCGAAGCUCUACGGACAAUUCCUUCAACCUCAUUGCUUGGUUUUUGCUCUGACAUGCACUGUCAACUGUGGGACUUUACAUAGACAGGUGCGUGCUUUUCCAAAUCAUGUCCAAUUAAUUGAAUUUAUCCCAGGUGCACUCUAAUCAAAUUGUAGAAAUAUCUCGAAGGAUGAUCAAAAUUGAAUGGUAUUUGUCACAUGCACAGAAUACAACAGGUAGACCUUACAGUGAAAUGCUUUCAUUACAUUACAUUACAUUACAUUUAAGUCAUUUGGCAGACGCUCUUAUCCAGAGCGACUUACAAAUUGGUGAGUUCACCUUAUGACAUCCAGUGGAACAGCCACUUUACAAUAGUGCAUCUAAAUCAUUUAAGGGGGGGGGGGUGAGAAGGAUUACUUAUCCUAUCCUAGGUAUUCCUUGAAGAGGUGGGGUAUUUAAUAUAUUUUAGAAUAAGGUUGUAAUGUAAAUAAAUGUGGGAAAAGUGAAGGGGUCCUAUUAAGGCUGUCUGUCCACUACACUAGUCUGUUCUGUCCACUACACUAGUCUGUCUGUCCACUACACUAGUCUGGUCUGUCCACUACACUAGUCUGUUCUGUCCACUACACUAGUCUGGUCUGUCCACUACACUAGUCUGGUCUGUCUACUACACUAGUCUGGUCUGUCCACUACACUAGUCUGUUCUGUCCACUACACUAGUCUGGUCUGUCUACUACACUAGUCUGUUCUGUCCACUACACUAGUCUGGUCUGUCCACUACACUAGUCUGUCUGUCCACUACACUAGUCUGGUCUGUCCACUACACUAGUCUGUUCUGUCCACUACACUAGUCUGGUCUGUCCACUACACUAGUCUGUUCUGUCCACUACACUAGUCUGGUCUGUCCACUACACUAGUCUGGUCUGUCCACUACACUAGUCUGUUCUGUCCACUACACUAGUCUGUUCUGUCCACUACACUAGUCUGGUCUGUCCACUACACUAGUCUGUUCUGUCCACUACACUAGUCUGUUCUGUCCACUACACUAGUCUGGUCUGUCCACUACACUAGUCUGUUCUG